AAAGAAAAGGGAAAACACGCGACAAUGGUUGCGAUUCGAUAGGGGGAGUAGAGGAGAGGAGAGGAGAGGAGCGGAUCGACAAGAUUUCCAUCAUAAAUCCACGGUCGCGGAGACGCUACGCUAUCCUUCGCCUUCGCCUUCCGCCGCCCUUCUUCCCUUCCUGUUCCAUUGGAUCUUCUUGAGGAGCUUCCGUUCCCAUCGAGCCACAAAGGUUGCAUCUUUGUUUUCGUGCACCAACUGAUCCGAUUAGGGAUCUCUCAAAGAUUUCAGAUCCUUUGUGCACGAUGUUCGGUCCGAUUUGUUGAUGUUGUUCGAUUAAAUCUCGAAAGCUUCGAUUUUUCUUACAGUUCUUGGUUUGCAGAUCGAAGCGAGAGGUGGAGGAGAAAGAAAUUGGAGUUGGUGGUCUGAGGCUGGGCUUGGCUGUCGACGUCCUCCGACAGCCGGCCCUUCUGUUCUUCCCGGAAGCCCUCGGUUCUCUCGGGUAAGUCGCAGUUCGCUCCUCGACGAGCUUAGCCAUCUAAUUGGAACGAGAAAGCGACGCGCUUGGUCAAUUAAUUUCGGCUUCGUGAGGCCUUUGACCAAGAAUCCUCCACUUUGACUCCCUUCUCAAUCCGUGUUCAUCGUGCUUGAUUCUAACGCGUGGAUGACCUGUUUCCCACAGAGCAGGUCGGUGGUUGCGUCCUCGACGAGCCUGCAAAGAAUUGUUUUCCUUUAUAUUACUUUUCAUGCACAGACGCUGAGCCAUUUCGCCCCCAAUGGCUUCUCUUUACGGAAUUCUGCAUCGGCCUCUCUCCGCCGCAGCCGCCGUCGCCGUCGCCGCCGUGUCGUCGGCACUGCCGGACCGCGUCUCCUCCCAGCCCAAUCGGUCGGACUCCGAUGCCACCGCACCUACUCACGUCUUGUUGCCGGAGCCAGAGCCUGCAGCGCGUCGGAUGUCCGUUUCCGACAUCUCGAGCCUCCCAUUCUUGCCCAUCGACAGAAAGCGUUCCGCCCAUCUCCCAGAUUCCGUCUUCGUCUCGCCCCCCUUCCCCAUGGCUUCGCCUGCAGUCCUCCUCUCCCCGUAUGAGUACGCCAAGCUGGCCAACCCCAAAAAGAAAGACGAAUUCCCGCCGGCCAUCGCUUCUUCGCCAUCGGAUGUGAUGUACCGCUGGCAUCUGCCUGACCCCAAUGCUUCUGGGGUUGCCGGGACCGAUCACUGCUCGAGAGCAAAGUCCCAGACGGUGGUGAUUUUGCUCGGCUGGCUCGGAGCGAAGCAGAGGCAUCUGAAGAAGUAUGCUGAUUGGUACACCUCGAGGGGGUUUCAUGUCGUGACCUUCACAUUUCCCUUGGCCGAUGUAAUGAGCUACAAGGUCGGAGGGAAGGUCGAGCAGGAUGUCCAGUUGCUAGCAGAGCAUCUUGUGGAUUGGGUCUCGGAGGAGAACGGGAAGAACUUGGUCUUCCACACUUUCAGUAACACAGGCUGGUUGACUUAUGGAGUAUUACUCGAGAAGUUUAGGAAGCAGGAUCCAUCUGUGAUCGGAAAGAUCAAGGGAUGUGUCGUGGAUUCAGCUCCUGUUGCUGCAUCCGAUCCUCAGGUCUGGGCUUCAGGUUUUUCUGCUGCUUUCUUGAAAAAGCAGAGUGUAGCAACAAAGGGGAUGGUAGGCUCAAAUGAUUCAGGGAAGGGCAUGAUGGAUACUGGUGAUUCAAGCUUGGGACCUAAACCUGCAGUCGCAGAAAGUGCUUUGUUAGUAGUCCUGGAGAAGUUCUUCGAGGUGGUCUUAAACUUACCUGCUAUCAACAGGAGAUUGUCUGAUGUCUUGGAUUUACUGACUUCAGAGCAACCCAAAUGUCCUCAAUUGUAUAUAUAUAGCUCUGCUGACCGAGUAAUUCCUGCAAAAUCGGUGGAAUCCUUUGUAGAAGCACAACGGAGAGCCGGGCAUGAGGUCAGGGCAUGUGAUUUCUUGUCAUCUCCUCAUGUUGAUCAUUUCAGAAGCCAUCCAGGUCUCUACAGUUCUCAGCUUGCCAACUUUCUGGAGGACUGUGUUCUCACCUGUUGCAGGGAUUCUUCAUAAGACAUUUUUUGCAUUAUAUAAUACCUUCACAUUGAUGUUCA